GUGUUUCCCCCUAGCCUGGGGAGGGGGUUGCGGCUAACCUGGUCGUAGAGGAGGCAGGAGCCUGGAUAGGAGGGGGCUAGGGGAGGAAUGAGGGACAUGGGUUAGCGUCGGGGCAAUGGAGGAGACGGAUGGGACAGUGAAGGAUGAGGGAUGGAGGCCGGGGCGGCCGCAGGCCGGAGCCGCGGCAGGAGGACGAGGAUGGAUGGGACAAGCAUGAAGAACAUGGAGAAGGAACUGCUGUGCCCAGUGUGUCAAGAGAUGUACAAGCAGCCGCUGGUGCUGCCCUGUAUGCACAACGUGUGCCAGGCCUGUGCCCGGGAGGUAUUGGGCCAGCAGGGCUAUGUAGGCCAUGGUGGGGACCCCAGCUCUGAGCCCACCUCACCAGCCUCCACCCCCUCCACCCGGAGUCCCCGCCUCUCCCGAAGAACUCUCCCCAAGCCAGAGCGUUUGGAUCGGCUGCUUAAGUCAGGCUUUGGGACAUACCCCGGGAGGAAGCGAGGUGCUUUGCACCCCCAGGUGAUCAUGUUCCCGUGCCCAGCCUGCCAGGGUGAUGUGGAGCUGGGGGAGCGGGGCCUGGCAGGUCUUUUCCGGAACCUGACUCUGGAGCGCGUGGUGGAGCGGUACCGCCAGAGUGUGAGUGUGGGUGGUGCCAUCCUGUGCCAGCUGUGCAAGCCCCCACCCUUAGAGGCCACCAAGGGCUGCACCGAGUGCCGUGCCACCUUCUGCAAUGAGUGCUUCAAGCUCUUCCACCCCUGGGGCACCCAGAAGGCCCAGCAUGAGCCCACCCUGCCCACCCUCUCCUUCCGCCCCAAGGGCCUGAUGUGCCCAGACCACAAGGAAGAGGUGACCCACUACUGCAAGACGUGCCAACGGUUGGUGUGCCAGCUCUGCCGUGUGCGGCGUACCCACAGUGGGCACAAGAUCACACCAGUGCUCAGUGCCUACCAGGCCCUAAAGGACAAGCUGACAAAGAGCCUGACAUACAUCCUGGGAAACCAGGACACAGUACAGACCCAGAUCUGUGAGCUGGAGGAGACCGUGAGGCACACUGAGGUGAGUGGUCAACAGGCCAAGGAGGAGGUAUCCCAGCUGGUGCGGGGUCUGGGGGCCGUGCUGGAGGAGAAGCGGGCCUCACUGCUUCAGGCCAUUGAGGAAUGCCAGCAGGAGCGGCUGGCCCGUCUCAGCGCCCAGAUCCAGGAGCACCAGAGCCUGCUGGAUGGCUCAGGUCUGGUGGGUUACGCCCAGGAGGUACUUAAGGAAACAGACCAGCCUUGCUUUGUGCAAGCGGCCAAGCAGUUGCACAACAGGAUUGCCCGAGCCACUGAGGCCCUCCAGACAUUCCGGCCAGCCGCCAGCUCCUCCUUCCGCCACUGCCAGCUGGAUGUGGGGCGUGAGAUGAAGCUGCUGACAGAGCUGAACUUCCUGCGAGUGCCCGAGGCCCCCGUCAUCGACACCCAGCGCACCUUUGCCUACGACCAGAUCUUCCUGUGUUGGCGGCUGCCCCCUCACUCGCCACCUGCCUGGCACUACACCAUCGAGUUCCGGCGCACAGAUGUGCCUGCCCAGCCGGGCCCUGCCCGCUGGCAGCGGCGCGAGGAGGUGAGGGGCACCAGCGCCCUGCUCGAGAACCCUGACACGGGCUCUGUGUACGUGCUACGUGUACGUGGCUGCAACAAGGCCGGCUACGGGGAGUACAGCGAGGAUGUGCACCUGCACACGCCCCCUGCACCAGUCCUGCACUUCUUCCUCGAUGGCCGCUGGGGCACCAGCCGAGAGCGACUGGCCAUCAGCAAGGACCAGCGGGCAGUGCGGAGUGUUCCAGGGCUACCCUUGCUGCUGGCUGCCGAGCGGCUCUUGACUGGCUGCCAUCUGAGCGUGGAUGUGGUCCUGGGUGAUGUGGCGGUCACUCAGGGCCGCAGCUACUGGGCCUGCGCCGUGGACCCCGCCUCCUACUUGGUGAAGGUGGGCGUGGGGCUAGAGAGCAAGCUCCAGGAGAGCUUCCAGGGUGCCUCCGACGUGAUCAGCCCCAGGUACGACCCUGACAGUGGGCAUGACAGCGGUGCUGAGGAUGCCACCGUGGAGGCCUCACCACCCUUCGCUUUCCUGACCAUCGGCAUGGGCAAGAUUCUUCUGGGAUCCGGGGCCAGCUCAAACGCAGGGCUGACAGGGAGGGACGGCCCAGCAGCCGGCUGCACUGUGCCCCUGCCACCCCGCCUGGGCAUCUGCCUGGACUACGAGCGGGGCCGGGUGUCCUUCCUGGAUGCCGUGUCCUUCCGUGGGCUCCUGGAGUGCCCCCUGGACUGCUCAGGGCCUGUGUGUCCUGCCUUUUGCUUCAUUGGGGGUGGUGCAGUUCAGCUACAGGAGCCUGUGGGCACCAAGCCCGAGAGGAAGGUCACCAUUGGGGGCUUUGCCAAGCUGGACUGACCCUCUCGGCCCUUCUUGGACCCUGGCCUCCUAAGCCUCCUGGUGCCAGGUUACUCCUCCGGCAGCUUGUGCCCCAGACUCUUCCUGCUACGUGGUCCAUCCCUUAACCUAUGUCUGUGUCUUCCCUCAGCCUUCUCUUAACCAAGGGGCUCUUCUCUGCCCACCUCUCUGGAUGUCUCCCGUUCCCUCCAUUGUCUGUUCAUCCAGGCCCCCGCCCCCACCAAUUCCCUGUCCUCUGCCCUGCCCUUGGCGUCUCACCUGAGUUAUGGAGAGAGCCCCUUGCCCAUCCUUGUCCCAUGCUUCUCCCCAGCUGGUUGAGAGGGAAGGCACCUGGAACACUGGGCGUGAUCCCCAGCUCUGCCCUCUGCCCUGCCAAGCUUCCCGUACCAUGUCUGCGAACUGCAGCCUUGGGGCGGACACUGCCCAGGCACACUUCCCCUGGUGAGGGGACGGGGACCUCAUCACUCUGCUUUAUUUGGGUUCCCAUGCCCCUUAGCCGCAUGCCUCUUAUAUCCCUCCUCUCCCUCUUGCAUGCUUUACCUGUCCCCAGCCCAUGCCAAUGUGCCAAGUCUCCCUUAGGACCCCAGCUGAAGUUGGGUGUCUCCACUGGGUUGGGCCAAGCAAGGCCUCUGGUGCCCAAUGCUGCCUCUCUGCGGUGGGUACUGCUAGGCCUAUGCCAAACGACAGCUGUUAUUUUCAUGGUUUAUAACAAUAAACUGUGACGCCAGGCACAUCUCUGCCUUC